AUAUCCAGAAAGAAACUUGGCAUGCAUGAGAAACAAAGGAAAAGAAAUGAAUUAUUAUUUUGUAUUGAUUAUUUUCCAUUCCAAGUUUCCAUUCCCUUUCAGUGUUACACAGUGCCAAAUCCCCUGCAGUGCAACUCUUACUUUAAGCUAAUGAACAGAUUAAUAUGAUGAGUUGAUGAGUUGAGGCAGGUAUAUUAGGAGCAGGAAAAACAUGAUAUGUAGCUCAUGAGUAGUUGAGUUAUUCCCAUAAUUGUGGAACACUGUUUUAAGUAAAAGCAAAGGGGAACUGUAAAACGCCUGUAUCGAUCACUGAUCCCCACUGAUUGGUAGUAACUCUGAAGGAUUACACAACAAACAGGUAGGAGUGGUGAGGUAUGACUGACUCUGCAGUCUGGGAAGAGUAAGUAUGCAGCCAAAACACUGACAGACGAGUCACGCAGGGUGGUGGCAGUGACAGGCAAAGCUGAUCCUGAUGUCACCGAGGCUACAGUCAUAUCAGGGGCUGUAUGGAGUGCUAUGGCUGCAGACUUGGGUUGGAUGUCAGGCCACACUUCCUCCUUAGACAUCACCAUUAUCUCCAUCCUCUUCCUCAUUGGCUACAUCGCACUCUACACACUCUGCACCACCUGUUUCAGUGAGACUCCAGAGUGUCCAGAGGAGAAAGAAAUACCCUCAUCUCUCUCACUGAGUGUGAAUCUAGGAGAUCACCAGAGAACCAUGAACAAUGUGGAUGUUCUAAGCUCUAUGGCACACAGCAGUAUGCCACAGGUUCCUGCUGGGCCUCAGCACAAGAACCACACCAUUGUGUACAGCCAACAAACUAAUAUUUAUUCCCAUAACAGAGCCAAAUCGGACAGUUACUUUAGCCAGCAAAUGACGCCCAGGAUUCCAGAUACCCCUGCGUUCUCUGUCAGAUCCACAGGUGCAGUGUCUCCAGGACUUCCUGCACUUCCACCAAUUCCACCAAUUUUCUAUUUGACCACAGUCCAGAUGGAACCACCAAAGGAGUCUUCUUCAGGACAGCAACCUAAGACAGUCAAAACUGUGUGGGACUUUGUUACACUUCCAGAAGAUCAGCCAAAUAUGAACAGUGGGUUUACUGAGAUAGACAGUGAGGAGCAUCCCUAUGCCUGUUUAGACAAUGUUAGAGUCAGUGGACCUUCAUCACCCUCCCACUGUGAUGAAGCUGAUGAGGACCGAUGGGAGAGUGAGAGUCCCUACCACAUGGUGACAGAAUGGAUAGAACCUACUCCUACUUGUGACUUAGCCACGCUCCUUCCUGUGACAGACAGUGAAAAGGCAGAGGAGUUGGAAUUUCUUUUCCCACCUCUCCCAGCUGUCCAGGAUGACCAGCCAUUAAUUAACACAGACAGAACUGCCAUCUAUGCAGCGGUGAACAGGAAAAACAAAAGUCAGAAAAGCAACAAAGAAGCUCCUGUUGUACAAGACACAAUGGUGUUAGAUGAGGACGAGGCCCCGCCUGUUCCAGAAAAAAUAUUUGACUAGCAAAUAGAAGUUGGACUAAGUAAUGUAUGUUAAUGUAUAUAUAUUGGCAGUAAAUAAAUACAAAUACUUA